CAGACGAGCUGGAGUAUCUGAGAGUGUGUGUGCGUGUGUGUUUGUGUGUGUGUGUGUGUGUGUGUGUGAGAGAGAGAAAGCAGCUCCAGGUCUCUGUAGCCUCAGCAGCUCAUUCAGAGGACAGGCAGGCAGGGAGAGAUGAGGGAGAGAGAGGAGCUGAGGAGAGCCAGAGAGCAGAGCGAGCGCCUCGUCUCACAGGUCGGAGAGCUGGAGGAGAACAUCAGGAGGCUGCAGGAGGAGAAGAAUGAGGAGGCCUCCAGACACCGAGCCGAGCAGGAGAGCGUCCAGGUGUCCAAGCAGCACUGUGUCCAGCUGGAGAAAGCUCGGCGGGAGCUGGAGCGGGAGCUGUCGGGUCUGUCAGAGCGUCUGGACGAGGAGGAGGCCUGCUCGGCACAGCUGAUCCUCCACAGGGAGCGCCUGGAGGCCGAGUGCAGCAGCCUGAGAAGAGACGUGGACGAGCUGGAGAGCGCUCUCACUGCAGCCGAGGGCGAGAGACAGACGUCAGACAGCGAGGUGAGGAGGCUGUCGGAGCAGCUCUAUCAGAAGGACGAGGUGGUGCAGAAGCUGCAGAAGGAGAAGGAGCACCUGGUGGAGCUCAGCCAACAGGCCAUCGAGGAUCUGCAGAGCGAGGAGGACAAGGUGAACCUCCUGUUCAAAGAGAAAACCAAGCUGCAGAUACAAGCUGAGGAUUUGGAGUUUUGUCUGGAGCAGGAGCGGCGUCAGCGCGGCGAGCUGGAGAAGAGCCGCAGGAAGCUUGAGGGCGACAGCAGAUCCACUCAGGAGAGUCUGGGAGAGAUGGAGAGGAACCGGAGCGGGCUGGAGGAGCUCAUCAAAAGGAAGGACCUGGAGAUAAGCAGCACCAGCACAAAGCUGGAGGAAGAAGAAUCUCUGAACAUGGAGCUGCAGAGGAAGAGCAAAGAGCUGCAGGCUCGAAUCGAGGAGCUAGAGGAGGAGCUGGAGGCUGAGCGAGCUAUGAGGUCAAAGGUUGAGAAGCAGAGAGCUGACCUAACCAGAGAGCUGGACGACCUCACUGACCGACUGGAGGAAGUGGGCGGAGUCACAGCCUCCCAGAUGGAGGUGAACAAGAAGCGAGAGGCCGAGCUGCAGCGUCUGAGACGAGACCUGGACGAGUCCACGCUGCAGUCUGAAGCUCUGGCAGCGUCUCUGAGGAAACGUCACGGAGACGCCCUGUCGGAGCUGAGCGAGCAGUGCGAGGCUCUGCAGAGAGUCCGGGCCAAGCUGGAGAAGGAGAAACAGAACCUGAGGAUGGACGUGGACGAGCUGUCGGCCUCUCUGGACGGUCUGCAGAAAGCAAAGACGUCCUCAGAGACUCAGGUGAAGAAGCUGGAGGAGCUGCUGUCAGAGGCCAACCGCAGAGGAGACGACCUGCAGCGGGCGCUCACUGAGCUCAGCGUGGCCAGGAACAGACUCACAGCUGAUAACGCAGACGUGGGCAGACAGAUGGAGGAGGCAGAGAGCAGAGCCAGUCAGCUGAGCCGCUCCAAAACUCUGCUCCAAAACCAGCUGGAGGAGCUGAAGAAGCAGCUGGACGAGGAGCUCAAGAGCAAGCAGGGAGUCAGCAGCAGUCUGAGCUCUGUUCGGCAGGAGUGUGAGGGGCUGAAGGAGCAGCUGGAAGAGGAGCAGGAGAGCAAACAGGAGCUGCAGAGACUCGUCUCCAAACUGAACAGCGAGGUGACGACCUGGAGGAGCAAACACGAGGCCGACUCCAUCCAGCACGCAGACGAGCUGGAGGACACCAAGAAGAAGCUGGCGGCUCGGCUGCAGGAGGCUGAGGAGUCGGUGGAGGCUACGCAGGCCAAAUGUUCAUCUUUAGAGAAAACCAAGCAGAGGCUGCAGGGGGAGGUGGAGGAGCUGUGCAUGGACCUGGAGAAGGCCAACAGCUGCGGUCAGGCUCUGGAUAAGAAGCAGCGUGUCCUGGAGAAGCAGCUCGGGGACUGGAAGCACAAGUGUGAGGAGCUGGUGGCCGAGGUGGAGGGAUGUCAGAAGGAGAGCAGGCAGCACGCCGCGGAGCUCUUCAAAGUCAAGACGGCUCACGAAGAGUUCCUGGAGCAGAUGGAGGCGCUACGCAGAGAGAACAAGGCCUACCAGGAGGAGAUCGCUGACCUGACUGACCAGCUCUCUGAUGGAGGUAAAAGUGUUCACGAGCUGCAGAAAGCAAAGAAGAAGAUAGAGAUGGAGAAGGAGGAGCUGCAGGCCUCACUGGAGGAGUCAGAGGCUGCUCUGGAGGCCGAGGAGACGAAGGUGCUGAGGCUGCAGCUGGAGUUGUCUCAGGCUAAAGGGGAUCUGGAGCGCAGACUUCAGGAGAAAGAGGAGGAGGCAGAGGCUGCAAGGAAAAGCCACCAGAGGGCGCUGGAGUCCGUGCAGGCCAGUCUUGAUGUUGAGCUGAAGGGCCGAGCGGAGGGCCUGAAGCUGAAGAAGAAGCUGGAGUCUGACAUCAACGAGCUGGAGCUGCAGGCGGACCUGAUGACCAAGAACAACACCGAGCUCAGCAAGAGCAGCAAGAAGAUGCAGCAGCAGAUCAAGGAGCUGCAGGCUCAGCUGGAGGAGGAGGUGAGGAGCCACGAGGAGUGCAGGGAGGAGCAGGCAGCUGUGGAGCGACGCAGCGCCCUGCUGGUCAGCGAGGGGGAGGAGACUCGUGCAGCUCUGGAGAGCGCAGAGAGGGCGAGAAAGAGCCUGGAGACCGAGCUGCAGGAGGCCAACGAGAAAUACAGCGACCUCAACAACCAGUUCCAGUCUGCUCUGAGCGGGAGGAGGAAGAUGGAGGUGGACCUGCAGACUCUGCAGCAGGAGCACGAGGAGCUGCUGGGAGAGCUGAGAGGAUCCACGGAUAAGAGCAAGAAGGCCAGCAGUGAGGUGGCGCGGGUGGGGGAGGAGCUGCGUCUGGAGCAGGAGCACACGCUCCACCUGGAGAGGGUGAAGAAAGGUCUGGAGGCUCAGAUUAAAGACAUGAGCGGGCGGCUGGACGAGGCCGAGCAGAUGGCUCUGAAAGGAGGGAAGAAGAUCAUCCAGAAGCUGGAGGGGAAGGUGAAGGAGCUGGAGCUGGAGUUGGACUCGGAGCAGAAGCGACACGCAGAGACGGUGAAGACGCUGCGUAAGAACGAGCGUCGGCUGAAGGAGCUGCUGUUCCAGUCGGAGGAGGACCAGAAGAACCAGCACAGGAUGCAGGAGCUGGUGGAGAGGCUGCAGAACAAGAUGAAGGCCUACAAGAGACAAGUGGAGGAGGCCGAGGAGCAGGCCAACAUGAACAUGGCCAAGUACAGGAAGACGGUCCACGAGCUGGACGAUGCUGAGGAGCGGGCCGACAUCGCUGAGUCAGCUCUCACCAAGAUCAGGACCAAGAACAGAGGCAGCUUCGGCAAAGGAUACUCCUCCGGUUACAGCACUCCGUACCCCAGCCUGGUCAGGUCCCCCAGCUCUGCAGGCUCAGAAGGCAGAGGAGAGAAGAUCCUCAACGAUGACGAGGAGUCCGUCAGCUCCCUCAUCCCUGCGUAUCUCAACUCCCUGAAGAAGCUGAUGGUGGAUUAGAAACACAGCUCUGACUCCCUCCAGGUGCUACAGUAGUACAUCAUCCUGUCUCUGAGGGACGAGGUGAAACACGGUGCCAAGUCUGAAACAUCAGAGAGGCUGAAACUGCAGUUUCCCAUCUCAUUCAGGUCAUAAACAGACUGAUCCUCAGUUUAUUUUACAGUGUACUCAUCCCUUCCCUCUUUGUAAUGACUGCAGGAUGUGUUCACACCAAUAGGGGAGCAGUUUUUACCUUGUAUAGUGGGUCAUUUUUGGUGCUUUUUUGUUGUAGUCAGAAAAAUCAGUCCCUGGCUUGUUAGGGUUCACAACACCCUCCAAUAUCACUCGGUUCAUUUCUACUCAAAGGAUUACUUUACUGAAGUUUCAUGCAGCUCACACGCUGCCUGAUAUCUGGCUUACAACAGACCAUGAACCAAAGAGAACAGCUCGUAUAAUCUGAACAUGUGAAGAAGAUGAUGAAAUAAAUACGUCAUGAUGCAGAUUUGUAAAACUUCUGAAUUCAUGCUUCAGUCUUAACAAACUACAGCGAGAUCAACCUUUAAAAACCUUCUUUUCUAAAUGGACUUUGGAUCCAUCUGCUUUAAAACCUCUUCUAAAACGUGGCUCUCUUUUGUCCUGAACACGCCGUUUAAUCUCAGCUUCUGUCACACACUUUGAUUUCACAGCCUUCUGUUGUCUUUAUGUAAUGUUUGAAUGUAAAAAGAUUGAAUAUGAAAAACUGUACUAGAAGGGUUUUUAAAUCACGUUUAAUGGUGACACUUUACAACAAUAACCAAAGAGGAGUCAUUUAUAAGCCAUCAGUUCAACAUCAACGAGCUGUUAGCACACGCAGAGUCGUUUUCAAGAUGCUGAAUUAUGUCACAGCUCACAUUGUGUCCGAAUAUUUAAAGACACAUUACCUUUAUAAUCAACAGCAUAUAGAGGCUACAGCUGGAGCUAGCCCUAGGUCCAACAAGGUCUCGUUGGUUCACUGGUACGUUUAAGGUGCAUUUCGACCAAGAGUUACGGCUUCUUUUAGCCUCCAGAACUACUUUAAGAGGUUCCAGACUAGGGGUGGGAAUCGAAAACCGGAUCCGACUUAGAACCGGUUCCAAUUGAUCAAUUCCAUCGGAAUCGUACUCCUCAAAUGUUAUCGAUUCUUCUUAACGAUUCAUCUCCCAGCACGACGUCACGUCACGUCGCGGUACGUUGCAUUACGUCACACACUCUGCGACGCAGAACUCCCUCAACCACGAGGAAACAUGGAGAGGAAGAAGCGUUUUUCCUCUCCAAAUUCAAAGUCUUUUCCUCCAGGCUCAAGGGGCCAUGUCCGGACUAACACGGCCCAAAAUGAGACACCGAGAGCGGGUAAAAUGCCUCCGCCAUGACCCCCGGAGGAAAAGCGUUUUUCCUCUCCAAAUUCAAAGUCUUUCCCUCCAGGCUCAAGGGGCCACGUCUGGACUCGUGCGUCUGAAAAUGAGGGACUGAGAGUGGGUAAAAUACCUCCGCGAUGACCCCCGAGGAAAAGCAUUUUUCCUCUCCAAAUUCAAAGUCUUUUCAUCCAGGCUCGAGGGGCCCCAUAUUCAAGUUGAAUAUGUUCAUGCAGACAUAAUGUUGGAAAAAUUAAAUGGUUCCUUUUGGUGCAGAAGACUGUGUAGAACUACUUUUUUUCCCCUCAAAGAAAUACUCAGGAAUCGUUAGGAGGACUGAUAAGGAAUUGGAUUGAUAAGCAGAAUAGACAAUGGCAUUGAUAUUGAUAAAAUCUUAUCAAUUCCCACCCCUCUUCCAGACUGUCUUAUAUUAUAACAUGUAAACAUGUAUCGUGACAUAACAAGCAGAUUUUGUCUACAUCUCCAGAGGACAGCCAGAUGUAACUAGUCAUGGAAAAAAUGAGUGAAUUAAAUAUAUGGUUGCGUGUCAGUUUAGGGCUUCCCUCGCCACGUAUAAUAAAGUUUGCAGCAGUCACUUCAUGAGUUCUUUUAAGGUCUGUAAUAAAAUAAACUGUUGAUGUGUUUUAUAGGGGUGGGAAUCACCAGUUGCCCCACGAUAUGGUUCUAUCACGAUACUCGAGUCACAAUUCGAUAUUAUUGUGAUUUUGUGAUAUGCCAGUAUUUUAAUACGAUAUAUGGCAAUAUUUUACAAUUUAUGACUUUUCAGUAGGAAAUGAUGUUCCCAAAGGAAAGCUUGAUCAUUAUGUGCCUGAUUUUAUAACCAAAUAUUCUCAAUCUGUUCACUUUAUUUUAAUUAAAGGAAACCAAAGACUGACCAACUCUUUGAAUAAAUCCUUGUUUUCCACAACGUUGUAUGGCCUCAAGUCUUUGCACAUGAAGUCCGUGAUAAUCUGUGUUAUCUUCUUUGCUCGCUCUGACCUGGAGGGCCGCUUAGAUAAGCUUACAGCGGCGAGCGUCGGCUGGCUACUCGGCGGAUAUAUCUCAGCAUUACCUUUGCCAUCCUCCGCAGUUGUUAUCUCUGGGUGGUAGCGGUUGAAAUGAGCCUGCAUGUUGGUCGUAUUCCAUCAUGUCCAUCUCUUUCUGCCCCUCCUUGUUGAAAAAUCCAAAGUAAGUCCACACGUUGGACUGAAACUCAGAUGGUGAGUUCUGUCAUUCCCUCUCCUGAGGUGUACUUCAUCUCCUGCACAAUGACCGUCACCUCUGACCUCACUCGACAAAAUGCUCAGCAGCACCACCCAGUGGACGAAUAGAGGAAUUUAUUUUUAUUCACCAUAGACUACAGUCAUGGCCAAAAGUUUUGAGAAUGACACAAAUAUUACAUUUUCACAAAGUCUGCUGCUUCAGGGUUUUUUAGGUGUUUUUGUCAGAUGUUUCUAUGGUAUAAUGAAAUACAAUUAGAAGCAUUUCAUAAGUAUCAAAAGCUUUUAUUGAGAAUUACACAGAAUUCAUGCAAUAAGUCAAUAUUUGCAGUGUUGACCCUUCUUUUUCAAGACCUCUGCAAUUCUCCCUGGCAUGCUGUCAAUCAACUUCUGGACCAAAUCCUGACUGAUGGCAGUCCAUUCUUGCAUAAUCAAUGCUUGGAGUUUGUCAGAAUUUGUGGGUUUUUGAUUGUCCACCCGCCUCUUGAGGAUUGACCACAAGUUCUCAAUGGGAUUAAGAUCUGGGGAGUUUCAAAAUCUUAAUGUUUUGUUCCCCGAGCCAUUUUGUUAUGACUUUUGCUUUAUGGCAAGGUGCUCCAUCAUGCUGGAAAAGGCAUUCUUCAUCACCAAACUGCCCUUGGAUGGUUGGGAGAAGUUGCUCUCGGAGGACGUUCUGGUACCAUUCUUUAUUCAUGGCUGUGUUUUUAGGCAAGAUUGUGAGAGAGCCCACUCCCUUGACCGAAAAGCAACCCCACACAUGAAUGGUCUCAGGAUGCUUCACUGUUGGCAAGAGACAGGACUGAUGGUAGCGCUCACCUCGUCUUCUCCGAACAAGCCUUCCUCCAGAUGCCCCAAACAAUGGGAAAGGGGAUUCAUCAGAGAAAAUGACUUUACCCCAGUCCUCAGCAGUCCAGUCCCUGUACCUUCUGCAGAAUAUCAGUCUGUCCCUGAUGUUUUUACUGGAGAGAAGUGGCUUCUUUGCUGCCCUCCUUGACACCAGGCCUUCCUCCAAAAGUCUUGGCCUCACUGUGCGUGCAGAUGCACUCACACCUGCCUGCUGCCAUUCCUGAGCAAGCUCUGCACUGGUGGUGGCCCGAUCCCGCAGCUGUGACACCUUCAGGAGACGGUCCUGGCGCUUGCUGGACUUUCUUGGGCGCCCUGGAGCCUGUUUGGCAACAAUUGAACCUCUCUCCUUGAAGUUCUUGAUAAUUGGAUAGACGGUUGACUGAGGUGCAAUCUUACUCGCUGCUAUAAACUUCCCUGUUAGGCCCUUUUUGUGCAAUGCAAUGAUGGCUGCACGUGUUUCCUUGCAGGUAACCAUGGCUAACAGAUGAGGAACAAUGGUGUCAUGCACCAUCUUCCUUUUAAAGUGUCCAGUCACUCAAUCAUGACAGAUUGAUCGCCAGCCUUGUCCUCAUCAACACCCACACCUGUGUUAAUGUGUGUGACACCUGUGUGUCAUUGAAAUGAUGUUAGCUGGUCCUUUUGUGGCAGGGCUGAAAUGCAGUGGAAAUGUGUUUUUGGUGAUAAAGUUCAUUUUCAAGGCAAAGAGGGACUUUGCAAUUAAUUGCAGUUGAGCUGAUCACUCCUCAUAACAUUCUGGAGUAUAUGCAAAUUGCCAUUCUAAAAACUGAAACAGCAGACUUUGUGAAAAUUAAUAGUUGUGUCAUUCUCAAAACUUUUGGCCAUGACUGUACAUGCAAUAUGGGCUAAUGUAAUAUCAAUAUUUGGCCGUCUUGAAUCCAUAUAAUAUCGUCACGCAAAAUAUCGCGAUACCAUGCUGAAUUGAUUUCCCCCCCGCCCCUAGUGUUUUACUUUGACCAUCCAAAACAUCCGAGCGUGUCUCAUCUUUAAACCACAUCUUUGUUUUCAUCUGUAACGAGGCUCUGGACCAAAGUGUUUUAAUGUUGAAUGUGAAAAUGAAAAUAAACAACUUUGACAUUU